GCUCGGCGGCGGCGGGAGGUUGCGGGCGGCUGGCUGCGGCCGGGGAUGGUCCAGCGGGCGCGAUGGCCCCCGCCAUGCAGCCGGCCGAGCUCCAGUUCGCCCAGCGGCUGGCGUCCCACGAGAAGGGAAUCCGGGACCGGGCGGUGAAGAAGCUGCGCCAGUACAUCAGCGUGAAGACGCAGAGAGAGACAGGAGGUUUCAGUCAAGAAGAACUUCUAAAAAUAUGGAAAGGGCUCUUCUAUUGCAUGUGGGUGCAGGAUGAACCCCUCCUACAGGAGGAGCUAGCGGACACUAUUUCCCAACUCGUCCACGUUGUUAACAACUCAGAGGCCCAACACCUGUUCAUUCAAACCUUUUGGCAAACGAUGAAUCGGGAGUGGAAGCAGAUAGACCGGCUGCACUUGGGCAAAUACUGUAUGCUGAUCCGUCUGGUCCUGAGGCAGUCCUUUGAAGUUCUGAAGAGACAUGGCUGGGAAGAAAGCCGAAUCAAGCUCUUCCUCGAUGUCUUGAUGAAAGAAAUCCUGCAUCCUGAGAGCCAGUCUCCGAAUGGAGUCAAGUUCCACUUCAUAGAUAUUUAUCUGGAUGAACUGUCCAAAGUGGGAGGGAAAGAGCUUUUGGCAGAUCAGAAUCUCAAGUUUAUUGAUCCAUUCUGCAAAAUUGCUGCCAAGACUAAGGACCAGACGUUGGUGCAGACGAUAGCGAGGGGUGUUCUUGAAGUCAUCGUAGACCAGUCUCCUUUCGGACCCGAAGAGACCCUCGAACAGAAAACUCAAGGGGGUGAGAGCGAGUUCUCCGAAGAAGAGAUGCCUGAAAACAAGACGGCGUGGAGAAAACCAGUCCGUAAAAAGAAGCCGGCGCUGGGCAAGCACCACUCCAGAAAGGACGGGGUCCACGACGACGGGGAGAGAGGCGGUGGGCACCUGGAGGACGCUGGGCCCCUGCUCCAGUUCGACUACAAGGCUGUUGCUGACCGACUCCUGGAAAUCACCAACAAGAAGAACAUCCCUCCCUUCAACAGGAAGCGUCUCUCCAAACUCAUCAAAAAGUUUCAGGAUCUCUCCGAAGGCGGUGUAUCUCCACUCAGUUUUGCCGAGGCUAUUUCUGCUGAUGAAGAUGACCGAACCCUCAACCAAGGAAGGCAUAAGAAAAAAGGAAAUAAACUUGUAGAGGAAAAGGAGCUGGAGAAAGAGAAAGGAAACAGGUUCUUUCUUGCUGAGGAAGAGGGGAGCGAAGCCAGCGUUCAGAAGAGAAAAAGGAAGAAAAAGAAGAAGAACCACCUCCAGCCUGAACAUUUAGGGUCGGGGACGGAAGCCAUGCCCCCAGAACAGAAUGGGGGUGGCGAGCCAGGGGCCGGCGCGGGCCGAGCCCCGAAGACACCGGUGGCGGAGCCAGAGACAGCGGCCGCCCCUGGCCCCCAGGAGCAGAGUGGCACGGAGCCUGCCGCAGCGCUCAGCAGGAGGAAGCGGCCCCGGAAGAGGAACCCCGGGGUGCAGGGCGGGAGCGAGGAGUCUGCGUCACCACCACCUCUGGAGGACACGGCCCCCGGUGGCCCCGGCAGCGCCCAUGCUCAGGACCUGGCUCCGCGAGCUUCCCCGGCCAGCAGGGCCCUGGUCCCGAAGAGGAAGCGGAAACUCGGAGCCCUCCCGGUCAACGGCAGCGGCACCCCCGCGCUGGCCUGGCCCCCGCCCCCGGGCGGGAGGCUGAAGAAAAAGAAGGGGGAGCCCGGCAGCCUCGACCUGUACGGCCCGUCCAGCCCGUCCAGUCAGAAAGCUGCCAUCUUGAAAAAGAGGAAGAGGAUGAAGGAGAUGUCUAAGUCAGUAGCGUGCGGCGGCGUGUUGGAGUCCGAGGCCAGGCUCGUCCAGGCUCUGGGAGGCGGGGGUGCUUUCAGCCCCUUGAAGAAGCAGCAGCUGAGGGCAGAGAAUGACUUUGUGAGGUUCGACACCCCCUUCUUACCAAAGCCGCUGUUCUUCAGAAAAGCCAAGGGCAGCGCCACUCCAGCCUCUGCGCCCCGUGCCGUGCAGCGAGACAAGACGCCAUCCAGUUCCAAGAAAGUCACCUUCGGGCUGAACAGAAACAUGACUGCAGAAUUCAAGAAGACAGACAAGAGCAUCCUGGUCAGUCCCACCGGCCCCUCCCGAGUGGCCUUCAACCCUGAGCAGAGACCCCUCCAUGGAGUGCUAAAGACCCCCACGAGCUCACCCACCAGCACCCCCCUGGGGACCAAGACGCUGCUGACCGCCACGCCAAAGAGAAGGCCGACGGCUAUGGACUUCUUUUAGGGUAGUAGCAGGGUCCUUUUAAAGACUGUGUUUGUACAGAUAGUCUAUAAAUUAUAACUUUAAAAAGGUGCGGCCUUUUUUAUUGUUUUAUAAAUCCCCGUAAAUUGUAUUAACGAGGUUCUGAGCGGGAGCUGCUGCUUCUCCAUCCCUUCUGCGGGGGCUGUGGGCGUCUGGCUGAAGGUUUUGCUACAAACGCCAUUGGUGUGUGAGGUCUCCG